AUGUCUGAUUCUCGGUUGUAUUCUUUCUCUCCGGAGACUAAAGAGAAGUUGCGCAAGUUUCGUCUCGGCACAUCGCGAGCCAAGGACGCGCAAGCCAUCAUCUGUACGCCCUCCGAAGACCCCUGUCCACCAAGUUUCGCCAUCCGCGCGGAGGAUAUCAUUGAUGCGAAGAGCCAAGAGAUUCGUCCCCAGGACGGCGAGGUCUACUCGAAGAUGGAGGAUCUGGCGGACGACCUGCCCGAAUCAUCACCGCGCUUUAUCCUCCUCAGUCACCCUCUCACAACGAAGUCCGGUCGUCUCUCGGUCCCUUACGUCCUCCUCUACUGGUUGCCAGAGAACUGCAACCCAUCACAGCGCAUGAUGUACGCCGGUGCGGUGGAGCUGAUGCGAACCACCGCCGAGGUGAACCGAGUGGUGGAGGUGGAGAGCGACGAAGAUAUUGUUUCCAUUGCGGAUAAGCUGAUCAGCUCUGAGUGA